GCAUUGCUUUCCCGGAUUCUGCUCCCUAACUCGGAAUGAUGACAAAAUCCCUAAGCUAAGGACUUUUCUGGAAUUCAAAACCCCACGUUCAACUCUUAACUGGAGCCGAAACCUCAGCCCCCAUUCACUGCUCUUUCUCUCUCGACUUUGAGAAUUUCAUUACCAAGGACCAAGAAUUUGAAUUCUUCGAACCCCGAUAGGUCCACAAUUCCGCCCACAAACCUCCAUGAAUGACGAAACCUACCAGAGUAUCGUUACCCGCCGUUGAUUCUCUCAUACCUCAACCGCAUUUUCCUUAACCGGUCAUUGGAGGUUUAUCACAUAAAAUUCAUGAAUGACGAAACCUACCAGAGUAUCGUUACCCGCCGUUGAUUCUCUCAUACCUCAACCGCAUUUUCCUUAACCGGUCUUUCUUCAAAGGUUGUGCUAGUCUUUCAUUAGUUGGGCUGACAUUUAACUGAAGCAAUGGGAAGUACAUUCAAUCCACUGAUUUUGAUCGAAAAGCUGUCCAAGCUCAACAGUUCACAACAGAGCAUAGAGACUUUAUCACAUUGGUGUAUUUUCCAUAUGAAUAAAGCAAAACAAGUUGUUGAAACAUGGGAUAGACAAUUUCAUUGUUCCCCAUCUGAGCAGCGACUCGCCUUCCUAUAUCUUGCAAAUGACAUCUUGCAGAAUAGUAGGCGAAAGGGUUCAGAGUUUGUUGGUGAAUUUUGGAAGGUUCUUCCUGAUGCUCUCCGUGACGUAAUGGAGAAUGGGGAUGAGUUUGGAAGAACUGCUGUACUGCGUCUGAUUGGUAUAUGGGAAGAAAGAAAAGUCUUUGGUUCUCGUGGCCAAAUUCUUAAGGAAGAGUUUGGGGGAAGGCAACUGGAAAACAGUAAUAGAAAUGGGAAGCAUUUAGGCUUUAAACUGAAGCAGUCUGCUGGAAAUACAUUGGAAAAAAUAGUUUCGGGCUAUCAAGUUAUUUAUGGUGGCCAACUUGAUGAAGAUGUCAUAUUGAGAAAAUGCACUAAUGCUAUUAGCUAUGUUGAGAAAGCAGAUAAGGGAAUUGAUGGUGGUAUUAAUUCAGCACAACAGAAUGGGUCUGGAUUUGUAGAGGAGCUGCAGGGGCAACACACUAUUCUGAGAGACUGUAUCGAACAGCUUACAUUAGUUGAAUCAUCCAGAGCAAGUCUCGUGUCUAAUUUGAGAGAGGCUCUCCAGGAGCAGGAAUUCAAACUGGAUCAAGUUCGUAAUCAACUCCAGGCUGCUCAGUUCCAAGCAGAACAGGCAGGUAACAUGUGUCGACGGUUACUAAAAUGUAAUAACAACACACAAUUGCUUGCUGAGCAGAGUUUGAAGGAAACUCGCACCACCGAAGCACUUCUGAGUUUUGUACCAGGAACAGUGGAACAAUCUGCUCCAGUAAUGUUCACAAGGCAGGUGUCUUUUCCCGAAAAACCUGGUCACAUUGAAGAAGAUCCCAGAAAAUCUGCAGCAGCUGCAGUGGCAGCAAAGCUCACCGCAUCAACAUCCUCAGCCCAGAUGCUCACUUUUGUUCUCUCCUCCUUGGCAUCAGAGGGUGUGAUUGGCAAUCCAACAAAAGAAUCAUCUGGUGAUUAUCCUGCUGAAAAGAGAACUAAGCUUGAGAAUGACCAAUCUGCUUACACACCUCAGAAUCCUCAACCAUCAGUUUCUGCUUUUCCAAAUCUAGACCAGCUCCAGCAUAAUGUGUCAACCACCACCCAACAAUCAACUCCGAGUGAGCAACCACCUCCCCCUUCAUCUCCUCCUCCAUUGCCACCAAUGCCACCUAUGCCCCCCUAUCAGGUGCCCCAGUACAUGCAGGCUGCUGGAUCAAUGACUAACAUACCAUACAGCUAUGGCAUGACCCAACAAGGGCCACCUUCAGCUGCUAACUACCCAACAGUUGGGCCCCCAGUCUCCAGCAUUUCUUCCUUUACAACACCUCCAGCAAAUUCUUACCAAAGUUUUCAGGGUUCAGAAGGUGGUUUCUACGGCCAGCCAUCAUCUUUGCCAAUGGCACCGAUUUCUAGGCGGUAGAGUUCCAAAUCUUCUAUGGUACUUGGAAGAAAACAGAAGGUUCCAAAUCUUCUAUGGUGCUUGGAAGAAAACAGAAGGGUUCAUGGGGCAAGACAAGCAUUUAAAAAAACUGAUUGAAGCUUCAUCAUCUCCCUCCACAAGAAUCUUUCUUGCAUUGUGACUGUUAUUAUACAUAUUAUUAAAAUUUUCACAUAGCAACUAAAUGUUUGUAAGUUAUAUUUUCAACUGCUUUUAGAUUUAUGGAGUUUAAAAUAAUUCUAUUGCAGUGCUGAAUGUAAGAAAAAAGAGGAACUCAACCACGGGUGCAGGAUAAGGGAGAUUGGCAUGAUGAGCCCAAACCCAUUGCCCUGAAAUGACCCCCAUGUAUCCAGAAUGAUCUUUCAGCUUUUGUCAAUUGUCCUAUAUCCAAGGCUUGAAUCUAACUUGAAUUGACUUUCGAAUUUAUAAUUAUUAUUAUCCACUCUUGGGAA